AUGGCUGAUGACAAUACGAAGUUGAGUCCACCCAUACGCAUUCGUAAAAAGCGAAGUGUCCAAUUCCUUGUCGAUUGUCAUCUUCACGAUGGUGAGUGUUCCGGCGCUUUGAACGUCGCAGAAUUGUCGGGCUACUCCUCUUCCCAUGAAGGCGACAAUAUAUCAAUUCGCAGUGCCGGAUCUGCCAACAGAAUAUCAACCACAUAUCCCGUUCGAUCAGCAAGUCCACGGCCAUGUUCCUCAGUAGGCUGUCCAGAUUCUGGAGAUGAAUGCGAGGAUGGAAGUCCAAUCACAAUCUCCAGACCUGAGGAUGCUCCUGAAGAUCUUGCUGUCUUCGAUAUUGGCCUUGGAAUGCUCAGACAGCAUACCAUCUAUAAAGUCCAAUUUCUUGUUCCUGCUGCCGGUCGAUUGAACUCAGAAGAUGUUGAGUUGGUUAGAUCAAAUGUUGUCGUUCGGGGGGAUGGGAAACAAUUCCAAAUUUCAUCUGACAUUGAUGUCAUUAAUAUUGAGUACAUGAAGAAUGAUAGCUGUAAGUUCAGGUUUUUAUAA